AUGGCAUGCCAUCGGUCACUGGUCCUGGCUGGCACCGGUGCGCAUGGUAUGCCAUUGGUCACUGGCCCUGGCUGGCACCGGUGCGCAUGGCAUGCCAUCGGUCACUGGCCCUGGCUGGCACCGGUGCGCAUGGCAUGCCAUCGGUCACUGGCCCUGGCUGGCACCGGUGCGCAUGGCAUGCCAUCGGUCACUGGCCCUUUAUUUAAUCAAUUUAAUUAG